UAGAGGCAAACAAACUUAUCGACAAGCAAAUGCGUAAUUGCGAUGCUCUCAACGCUGCUGGUCUGCUUUUGAAUGAGUCCGCAAAGUCUCGCUUAAAUUACUUCGUAUCAAACAUAUAUUUACAUGUAUACAACUUUGUAUGAUACAUAUGUAUAUGUAUGUAUACCUACAAUCAUAUUUGUAGAAUGGAGUAGCAAUCGCAUGCUUUGUGUCUAUCCCUACGAAACCGGUAAGCGCAGACUUCAGCCGACAUUCGUGCGCAGCGCUGAGUCGCUGUCUAUAGGCGGUGCGGUAAUCCACACAAAAAUAGUAAUAAAUGUUAAACAUAUUAAAAUUAUUUAAUAAUAAAAUACAUAUAUAUAUACGUACUAUAACGCGCCGACACUUAAUCUAAUCUAUGCAAAGCAGAUUUCGGUGGUAAUUUUUUCAUUUGCGACCGAGCGCAGCAUACGCGCAGACAGCAGCGAGCUGGGCGGAACCACGUCUGUGAGAGGCACGAGCAAGUUUUACUAAAUAAAUUAGCGCGAAAGAGGUGUAUUGGUUUGUAGCAGUAGAAGACGAGCUUUGAGUGGUGUCACCAGCAUCUGGAUUCCAGGAAAUCUCAAACGAAAUGGAGAAACGCGCUGACAAGCCCACACGCCCCGAUCCUAUAAUCUCGAUUUUGGGUAGCGAUUUGGGUCCUUGGCAGCUUAUCGUCUGCUUGUGGAUUUUUCUCUCGAAAUUUCCCACUGGCUGGGUGCAAAUCUCGAUGGUGUUUUUGCAGUCGCCAAUUAAUUAUAGCUGUCUUGAUCCUGAUAACAGCACUGACGUUUGCUCGGCGAACUGCAAAACUAAGUUCUAUAAACAUAUCAAUUUCAAAGAGAAUAUAAUCACCGAAUGGAAUUUGACCUGCGAUCGUCAGUGGCUAUCCAGUUUGGCACAGAGUUUUGUUAUGAUUGGCAUAAUGCUGGGCAAUAUUAUUUUUGGACUCUUGGCUGAUAAAUGGGGUCGCCGUCCCAUGUUCGUGAGUGCCUGCGUUAUGCAACUCAUUUUUGGUUGUCUUGUGUCUGCAUCGCCAUGGUUUUGGCUUUUUGUCGUGUUUCGCUUUUUGGAUGGUUUCGCCACAGGCGCUACCAUGUCCACAGGCUUCACGAUUAUUAUGGAGGUUGUGGGCAAAAGUAAACGUGAAAUAAUGGCCAUACUUUAUCAGAUACCCUUCAAUUUGGGUCAUGCCACUUUGCCGUUAUUCGCGUACUUUCUGCGUCACUGGCGUUGGUAUCAUCUUGCCUUCUCAUCAUUCUCAGUGUUAUAUCUGCUAUUUUAUUGGACUGUGCCAGAGUCGCCACGUUGGCUCUACACCACUGGUCGCAUUGACCGCGCUGUACAAAUACUUGAAACUGGCUGCAAGCGCAAUAAUAUGCCCAUCGAUAACAUACGUGCCGAGCUCGAACAGGCCGCACAAAUGACAGCCGCCACACCGACAUCGAAGAAGGGUAACAUCAUUGAUCUUUUCCGCCAUCCAUAUCUCUGUCAGAAAACCUUGGCAAUGGCAUUUAAUUGGCUUGUUGCCUGCCUCGUCUACUAUGGCGUCUCACAGUAUAUAUCACACCUAAGCGGUGAUAUCUUUUUAAAUGUCGCCAUAGGCGCUACGCUGGGCGUGCCGGGCACACUCAUAUGCGUGCCGAUGACCAAAUAUCUCGGGCGUCGCAUCACGCUCUUCCUCUCAAAUUCACUCAGCGGCAUUGCUUUGAUGAUUUUGGCUUUUGCGCCAUCGCUAAACAGCACCAUGACUGUGGCAAUGGCAACAAUUGGUCUCUUUGGCGCGUCGGUAACAUUUCCGAAUGUUUAUCUUUACGGUGGCGAGCUGUUUCCGACAGUUGUGCGUAAUUCGGGUGUCGGUUUGUGUUCGUUUGUUGGUCGCGUUGGCUCAAUCAUUGCACCAUUCAUAUCAGGCAUGUCGACACGUGGUCUGUGGAUACCACCAGCCGUGUUUGGCGGCUUUUCGCUAGCAGCAGCUGCUUCGGUCUUUCUCAUGCCGGAGACACGCGGUUUUCCUCUGCCCGAGACUAUCGAGGAUGGCGAGACGUUCGGCAAAAAUAAGGAUGCGACGAAUUUGUAAAUAGAUCCCUAGUAAAUAUUUGUUAUUCAAACAUUUCGUUGAGACAUUUUAUUGACUGUUUUAAAUUACCAUUACAUACGGCUGUGUAUAUAUGUUCGUGUGUGCAACUAUUUAUAUGCAGGGAAAUGUAAAACUUUACGAUAUUAUAGCUGAUUAUAGUAAAAAUUAGUGUAAAUAAAUAAAAUUUAUUAAUUUUAUCUAGAUAAAAA